CGCGUCUGCUUCUGCGCCGAGGUGGCAGCUGGGAACCCGGGGAGGACUGGGAGCCACUACGCUUCUCCCGGCGGUCUCUCUCCCCCUGGAGUUCGCGAUGCUCUACCUCAUUGGCUUGGGCCUGGGAGAUGCCAAGGACAUCACGGUCAAGGGCCUGGAAGUUGUCAGACGCUGCAGCCGGGUGUACCUGGAAGCCUACACGUCAGUCCUGUCUGUAGGGAAAGAAGCCUUGGAAGAGUUUUAUGGAAGAAAAUUGAUUCUUGCUGAUAGAGAAGAAGUGGAACAAGAAGCAGAUAAUAUUUUAAAGGAUGCUGAUAUUAGUGAUGUUGCAUUCCUUGUGGUUGGUGAUCCGUUUGGGGCCACAACACACAGCGACCUUGUUCUGAGAGCGGCGAAGCUGGGAAUCCCAUACCGAGUUAUUCACAAUGCCUCCAUCCUGAAUGCUGUGGGCUGCUGUGGUUUGCAGUUGUAUAAGUUUGGAGAGACAGUUUCUAUUGUUUUUUGGACGGACACUUGGAGACCAGAAAGCUUCUUUGACAAAGUGAAGAAGAACAGACGGAACGGCAUGCACACACUGUGCCUGCUAGACAUCAAAGUAAAGGAGCAGUCUUUGGAAAAUCUCAUCAAGGGAAAGAAGGUCUAUGAACCUCCUCGGUACAUGAGUGUCAGCCAGGCUGCCCAGCAGCUUCUGGAAAUCGUCCAGAACCACAGGCUUCAAGGAGAAGAGCCAGCAAUCACCGAGGAAACACUUUGUGUUGGCUUAGCCAGGGUUGGUGCCGAGGACCAGAAAAUCGCAGCAGGCACUUUACAGCAGAUGUGCACCGUGGACUUGGGAGGACCCCUGCAUUCCCUGAUUAUCACAGGAGGCAACUUGCAUCCGCUGGAAACGGAGAUGUUAAGUUUGUUUUCCAUACCAGAAAACAGCUCAGAAUCCCAGUGCAUCGAUGGACCCUGAGUACAGACAGUCUCUGCUGUCUGACAUUAAUUUCAGCCAUAUAUGGAUGUAGACAUAUUUGUAUAACAAAUUAAACAGGUCUUUUUGUUUGUCUAAUAAGUAUAAAACCCAUGACCAAAGAGAAAGGUGAGUCAGCAGCGCUGGGCUUCCUGCAGCCAUGGGCUGUGAGGUCAUCAGCUGCCACUAGUUGGGCAGCUUCUCAAGACAUAUGUGCCAAAGCAGGCCAGGCUGGAAAGCCUGUGGGGAGAUGCCCAUUGGCAGAGUCCAUUAACAGCGGUUUUUAUUUAUGAGCCAGCUUACAUAAGGCGGUUGUCACAGAGCAUAACUCUGAGGUAACUGGAAAGUAAAUCACUUGAGUCCCAGUUUUAAAGGUAAGAAAUGUCAUGAGUGGCGAGAAAAGCAAAUGAAAGAUUGGUGACAGUUCACAUCACAUAAGUUUCUUUCUUAAAAUGUCAGCUGCCCUGACUGCAGGACAAGUUGUCCAGACAGCAGCUGGCCCUAGUGUGUGUCAACAGAGGUGGGAGGAGUAAAUCUCCAUCAGCAGCCUCCUACUCAGAGCUCAGCCGAGCACAAGCCCCAAACGAUGAUGCCCUUCCACCUUGGCUGAUGGUUAGCUGAUGUCCUAAACAUGUGGCUUGUAGUCUGCUGUAUUUGGGAAGUUGUUUAAUUAUUUAAUUGUAAAUGUCCAGCCAGCCAUGUACAUUUGGCUGUUUGGCUUUAAAUAGCAUCGUUCACAUCCAAACAAACAAAUGGAAAACUUGCCAGCUAUAAAAUACAACUUACAAAAAUUUAAGUUUGAAGACAACGGUGGGUUAGUCCAGAUUUGUCACAUCACUUAAUUUAGUUAAUGUGCCAUUCUCUAGAUAUGUGAGUAGUCAUGUGUUACAUUUCUAGACUAUAGAAUUUAUACUUGCCAGUUUGGAAUAGAAGCAACCUAUUCUGUCUAGUUUGGUUGGUUACCUGAACUUUUUGCUUAGCAGAUUCACUGAAAAUUGAACAAAGAUCCUUCUACUUCCUGGGAUUGUCAGUGAGGGAGAGAUUGUUUUAUUUCAUUUUAGACCAAAGAUAUUUUAACAUAUAUGGAACAUUCCAUUUUCAUUGUUGAACACAAAAGGGGAGAGCACCAGCACAUUCAAAUAGCAGUUCCAUAUUAUUUUCUUUUGAGGUG